AUGGCGACUGCGGCGGAGGAGGCUGCCAUGGCGGAGCUGGUGGAGCUGCUGGCCCCGGCGGCGGGCGAAGCGGCCCGGGCAGGCGCGGCCGAGGCUGCGCUGGCGCUGUCCGGGGAUGCGGCGGGGCGGCGGCUUCUGGCGGGGCGAUCAGAGGCCCUCACGGCGCUGCUGGAGUUGGCGGCGGGGCCUUACCCUCCGUCCGGGCCCUGCCCGCCGGCCGCCCGCCACGCUCUGGGCUGCCUGGUGAACGUCUCGGCCGAACCGGAGGCCCGAGAGCCGCUGCUGGCCGGGCUGCCCGCGUUGCUGAAUCUGCUACCGGGGGGAGCUGCCUGUGGCGUGCUCGCCAACCUCUGCCGGGAGUGGCGAGCGGCCCGACGGGUGCUGCAGGGCCUGCGGGAGCGCGGUACCGGGCUGGAUCCGCUCCUGCAGGCCCUGGGGGAGCCCCAGCCGCCGCCACAGCUCGGGCCGCUGCUCUGCAACCUCAGCCAACUGCCCGAGGGACGCCGCGGGCUCCUUGACCGUUCCCGGUGUUCGGUGCAGCGGCUGCUGCCCUUCACGCAGUACCGGGACUCCGUGAUCCAUCGCCGGGGCAUCGUGGGGGCCCUCAGGAACUGCUGUUUCCAGUACGAGGACCACGAGUGGCUGCUGAGUGAGGAGGUUGAUAUCCUGCCCUUCCUGCUCCUACCUCUAGCAGGUCCUGAGGAGCUUCCUGAGGAGGAGAUGGAACGACUGCCUGUGGAUCUCCAGUACCUGCCCCAGGACAAGCAGAGAGAGGAAGAACCAGACAUCAGGAAGAUGCUUCUGGAAGCCCUCAUGCUGCUGACAGCCACCAAGGGUGGCCGCCACACGCUGAGGGACAAGGGCACCUACCUGGUCCUGCGGGAGCUGCACCGCUGGGAGCGGCACCAGGAGGUGCUGCUGGCCUGCGAGAAGGUCAUCCAGGUGCUGAUUGGGGAUGAGCCUGGCCCAGGCAUGGAGAACCUUCUGGAAGUGAAGAUCCCUGAGGAGGUGGAGCAGGAGCUGCAGCGCCUGGACAGGGAAGAGGAGAAGAAGCAGGAAGAGGAGCAGGAGGAGCCCCCGCGGUGA